AUUCGAAAUGGCACUUAUCCUGCAAGCCAUACAGCUACAGCCUACGAGUCGAUCUGCAACUAACUACGAGAAACAGAGAGGCUGCCAUACACACGAGCAUCACUAUAUACCCGAUGGCUUCCCGGCAAGUGCUGCUCCUUGCUGCCGCUGCCAUUGCCGCCGCCUUCCUCCUAGCCCCGGCCUCCGCCGAGGUCUUCACUGUCGGGGACGCCGCCAGCUGGACUCUCAAAUACCCUGCCACCUGGACUGAGGGAAAAACCUUCGUCGUCGGCGACAGCUUAAUGUUCAUGUACCCCUCCGACAAGCACAACGUGAUGGAAGUGACGGGCGCGGACUUCAAGGCCUGCAACAUGACGGGGAACGCGCUUGGCACCUGGAACUCCGGCAGCGACGCCGUGCCGCUGGAUAAGGUCGGGAGGAGGUGGUUCAUCUGCGGCGUGGGCAACCACUGCACCCAGGGCAUGAAGCUCCUUGUCGUCACCGCCAACUCCGCCGCACAGGCCCCGGCUGCCCCACCAUCCUCUUCGGCCUCUUUUGUUGACGGAGUGGUUUCACAGGCAAUGGCGGCGGCCAGCGCCGUGGCCGCAGCCAUGCUCAUGCUCUGAGUGAUCGUUGUUGACAGCUGAGAUACGGUCGUCUACAUGUUCGUGUCGUGUGAUCGAUGACCGGUGACCGGCCUCUGCAUGCGCCUUCUGUUUCUGGAGUUUCAUUGUUAUGUUAUCAUCACUCGUAAUUGUUUGAGGCUUUGAGCUGGCUAGACUGGCAAACAAAUAGUGUUCUUUGAAUUAAUCUGUACCGCAACAGGCAAUUUUUUCAAUUCUAUUCGAUUGAAACAUACAUUGUUCGGCUACCUCACUUGUGGUUGUGUGCGGCAUAUGGGAUGCAGAGGCCG